AUGAUAUCGAUGGAAGCAAUCAACAAUUUUAUCAAGACCGCACCAAAGCACGACUAUCUGACAGGCGGAGUUCAUCAUUCUGGUAAUGUAGACGUGUUACAAUUAAGCGGCAAUAAAGAAGAUGGUAGUUUAGUAUGGAACCAUACUUUUGUUGAUGUAGACAACAAUGUGGUAGCUAAGUUUGAAGACGCUCUCGAAAAACUUGAAAGUUUGCACCGGCGCUCAUCCUCAUCCACAGGCAAUGAAGAACACGCUAACGUUUAA